AUGUCCACCGCCGAUUCCAUUCCCAAUCACAAACUCUCCGGUUUCCUCUCAACCGUCCUCACACUCCCUCCUCCGCAUACUUUCAACGACGCGCGUUUCAACGACCGCUGCGAGAUCUUCAACGACGGAACCUCCAUCGGAUUUUGUACUCAAAACGGCGUCGUUUUAGUCCCUAUCGCUGAUUCAGAAGAAUGCAAGAGCGCGAAGAGGAAGAAGAUUGGUGCGGUGAAUGGGAGCUUCAGCGUUGUGAAUCAGAUUUAUGCGUUGCUUGUUCGGAAGUGUUUGGAUAUUGAUGCUCGGGUUUUGUGUGUUGUGGAGGUUUUGGAUAGGGUUAGGGUUGUGGUUCUUGUGGAUGUUUAUCUUCCGGUUCAGGUCUCGUGUGGAUGGCAGUUUCCGAAAUCUGGUUCGGUUGCCGGCGCGGUUUUUCGGCAUUUGAGGUGUGAUUGGGAUGAGAGAAGAUCAAUGCUUUCUGAUCCAGACUACUUUAGGAAGACUUGUGGAGAAAAUGAGAGCAUUUGGAACCUUUCUGUUUGCCAUGUACUUGGUUGCAAGCUCCAUUCCCCUGUGAGAGAUUCUUCAAGGGAAACGCUAUUUGAACUUCAUGAAAUUUUUAAGACAGUACCUUCACCUUGUAUAGGAAAACAGCAACAGAUUAAUAUUUCCAAGAUAAUACCUAUGGACAACACUUGCAAAUCUGGGAUUUGGGAGAUCUCUGAUGAUAUUUUAAUUAAAAUUAUAUCUUCCCUGGGCCCACAGGACCUCACUAGGGUUUCUGUAACAUGUAGUCAUCUAAGAUCCUUGGCUGCUUCAAUAAUGCCUUGUACAAAGUUAAAUCUGUUUCCCCAUCAGCAGGCAGCAGUUGAGUGGAUGUUGCACCGUGAGCGAAAUGCUGAACUUUUGCUACAUCCUUUAUAUGUAGCUCUGUCAACUGACGAUGGCUUUAGUUUUCAUGUAAAUACUGUAUCUGGUGAUAUAGUCAUUGGGGAAGCUCCUACCAUCAAAGAUUUCCGCGGAGGAAUGUUUUGUGACGAGCCUGGCUUGGGUAAGACUGUAACAACUCUUUCUCUUAUCACAAAGACACAGGGUACGUUGGCGGAUCCACCAGAUGGGUCACAAGUAGUCUGGUGUCAACAUAGCUCUACCCAAAAAUGUGGCUAUUAUGAGAUCGGUGGUAAUAACAUCACUAGUUGUACUAUCUUGGGUAAGAGGAAUUUGUGCCAAAAUACAGGUGAAAACAAAUCACCUGUAGGUGUCUGCUUUGAGGAAUAUACUCCUGCUAGUCGAGGCACUAGAAGUUUCAGCCGAGUAAAGAAAAAUCUACAUUUCACAUAUGACGAGGAAGCUAUGAUUUCCAAAGAAAGAAGAGUUGGUAAAGGAUCAAUUAAAACAAAACAUGCAUCAGAUGUUGCAUCCCAUAUGUCUCAAAACAAGCUUGUUGAUACUUCAAAUGUUAGCGGGCAGAGUUACAAGUGGCACGGGAAGCGUAAAGCUGAUUGUUUGGAAUAUAAUGAUAAUUGGAUUCAAUGUGAUGCUUGUCACAAAUGGCGAAAACUUGCAGACAAUAGUUUGGAUAAUUCUAGUGCAGCAUGGUUUUGUAGUAUGAACACCGACCCUUCAUAUCAGAGUUGUAGCGUCCCAGAGCAGUAUAUUCAGAAUAGCUGUGAGAUAACUUACUUGCGAGGAUUUCAUUUGAAAGGAACUCCUGGAGGUGAGAAACAAAACAUAUCAUUUUUCACCAGCGUGCUUAAGGAACACUGCUCAUUGGUAAAUUCUCAGACAAAGAAGGCCCUGAUUUGGUUGACCAAAAUUUCGAUGGACAAGCUUGCAGUAAUGGAAACAAGUGGUAUACGGGGUCCUAUUUUAUACAAUUGCACUUUGUCUAAUGGGACUUUGAAUCCAUACCACAAAAUAUUUAAAGCAUUUGGCCUCAUAAAGAGAGUAGAGAAAGGUGUAUGCAGGUGGUUCUACCCAAAAAAUCUUAGCAAUUUGACUUUUGAUGUGGCUGCCCUUGGCAUGGCUCUAUGUGAGCCAUUAGAUUUGGUUAGGUUAUAUUUGUCAAGAGCAACCUUGGUAGUUGUUCCUGCAAACCUGGUCGAUCAUUGGAAAGCUCAAAUAGAAAAGCAUGUUAGUCCUGGUCAAUUGCAGGUUUAUGUUUGGAAAGAUCAUCAGAAACCAUCUGCACACUCUCUUGCCUGGGAUUAUGAUGUUGUCAUCACUACAUUUAGUCGUUUGAGUGCAGAAUGGGGGCCACGUAAGAGGAGUGCUCUAAUGCAAGUGCAUUGGUUUAGGAUAAUUUUAGAUGAAGGGCAUACUCUUGGCUCAAGUCUGAGCGUAACAAACAAGUUGCAAAUGGCUAUUUCACUGGUUGCUUCAAAUCGAUGGAUACUAACUGGAACUCCAACACCUAACACUCCUAACAGCCAACUUACACAUCUACAACCAUUGCUAAGGUUCCUUCAUGAAGAGGCUUAUGGGCUGAAUCAAAAGUCAUGGGAUGCCGGCGUGCUUAGGCCGUUUGAGGCAGAGAUGGAAGAAGGCCGGUCUCGUCUGUUGCAUUUACUUCAGAAAUGCCUUAUUAGUGCUAGAAAGGUAGAUUUACAAAGUAUUCCACCAUGCAUCAAGAAUGUUGUUUUACUAGAUUUUAACGAGGAACACGCUAGAAGUUACAAUGAAUUGGUACUCACUGUUCGGCGUAAUAUAUUGAUGGCUGAUUGGAAUGACCCUUCACAUGUGGAGAGUCUACUGAAUCCAAAGCAGUGGAAAUUUCGAAGUGAAACUUUAAAAAACGUUAGGCUUUCAUGCUGUGUUGCUGGACAUAUUAAAGUUACACAUGCUGGAGAAGAUAUUCAGGAAGCAAUGGAUCUGUUAGUACAAAAUGGUUUAGAUUCUACUUCAGGGGAGUAUACCUCCAUAAGAUACAGUCUUCUGUUUGGUGGUCACUGUGUCAGGUGCAAGGAAUGGUGCCGCCUUCCUCUCAUUACUCCAUGUCGACAUCUGUUGUGCCUUGGUUGUGUUUCCUUAGAUAAGACAAAAUGUACAUAUCCUGGCUGUGAUAACUUAUAUGAGAUGCAGAGUCCUGAUACAAUGGCGAGGCCAGAAAACCCUAACCCAAAGUGGUCUGUACCCAAAGAUCUUAUUGAGUUACAACCUUCAUAUAAGCAGGAUACGUGGGAUCCUGAUUGGCAAUCGACUUCUAGUAGUAAAGUUGCAUAUCUUGUUCAGAGGUUGAAAGCUUUGCAAAGAACUAAUGAAGAAACGAGUUCAUAUAUGGACAGUAGCAAUAAUGCGAUGCAUAUUGAGAAUAGUUUUCCUUUGCACACAAGACAUGCUGAAUCAUCAUUCCAGGAAUGUUCUACAAGUAGGACUGGCACCAACGGGGUCCCUGAAAAAGUCUUGAUAUUUUCUCAGUUUCUUGAGCAUAUACAUGUCAUUGAACAGCAGUUGUCUGUUAAUGGUAUCAAAUAUACUGGAAUGUACAACCCAAUGCAUUCUAGCCACAAGAAAAAGUCAUUAGCCAUGUUCCAGCAUGAUUCAAGUUGUAUGGCACUUCUGAUGGAUGGGAGUGCUGCAUUGGGUCUUGACUUGAGUUUUGUUACACAUGUAUUUUUAAUGGAGCCAAUUUGGGACAGAAGUAUGGAGGAGCAAGUAAUUAGUCGUGCCCAUCGUAUGGGUGCUUCUCGUCCUAUUCACGUGGAAACAUUAGCAAUGCGUGGUACAAUUGAAGAGCAAAUGCUAGAAUUUUUACAGGAUGCUGAUAAAUGUAGAAGACUAAAUAAUAAAGAUGUCAAAUCUGAAGAUGGCGGAGGACGGGGAUAUCGAUCAGUGCAUGAUUUUGCCGAAAGCAAUUAUCUACUGGAACUCAAAUUUGUAUAA